AGCCCGUCGCAGGAGGCGGGCGAUGGCGUUGGAGACGCGUCGUGAGAGGAACGAGGCGCGGAGAGAAGCAGCCCCACGGAGUUUUUCCCUCGGUCCGGUCCGCUUUUCUCCUCCGGGCGCGGAGAAGGGAAAAGCUCCGCCUUCGGACGACAUGGUUACCUAACAGGCGGGCGCCAAAGAGCGCGCGCAGGGGCUGGACGAGGGAGGCGCCUGGGCCGGGAAGGACGGAGCAGCCCCGGGGCAGAGGCGCGGCGAGGAAGAGGGCGAAGGGGGCGAGCGAAGGGCCUUGGCGGGAAACUCACAUUCUACCGGGGAUCGUAUUUGCUGGCAACACUAUCAGCAGCUAUGGCUUCUGCCCCAGGUGAUGAUAAAGUCCAGGCCUCUUCGGUAGGACAAAAGAACCAGAGCCCGCUCCCAUGUCCAAUCUCAAAUCUUAAUUCUGAUGAAUUUGUAGAGAUUCGUCGUCAAUGUAAAGAGGAAAGCUUCUGGUACAGAGCUCUUCCUCUGUCACUGGGAAGUAUGCUGAUCACUCAAGGAUUACUUGCCAAUGGUGUUCUCAAACCAAGCCCUAAAUUUGGAUCACUCCCUAAAUUGGCAAUUGCUGGUGCCCUGGGCUAUGGUAUUGGGACAAUGUCAUACAUAAGAACCUGUCAGAAGAAGUUUGAAAGCGCUGGUCUUAAACCGUUUGGUCCCGGAUGGAAAAGGCACUGUCCUCAUGUCUGCAACGAAUGCAAAGCUAAGUUUGAAGCAAGCAUCAAAAAACCAGAGCCUUCUGCUUCUUAAACAGGUACACACAUC